ACUAGAGCUCACAUUGGUUUGUACGCCAAUAUGGCCUCAUUGACACAGGCAAAGGACCAAUGCAAGCGUCUAGGAGGACGGCUACCCGCUGGCAAUCAAGAGGCAGUCUGCGUAAAGUACGCCCUGACGACAGUAAAGGCUGAUUCUCCAGCUUACCGAACCAAACCGUGGGUGCAAAACCAUGACGAAGAUCCACUCUAUCACACCGCUGAGAGCAUGUAUACUCUGUAUGAGAGUAACAAACAGAGAAGGCAGAAGGAUGAGCACAACACUGUGGCAUGUGCCUUCAAUCUCAGGGAAUACUUCUGCGAACGGUCCUCUGGUGCAUAUGGAGCAUCUAUGGUUCACUAUCCGGACACAUCACUGGACAACAUCUACAAAAUCCAAACUUCCUGCUUAGCAAAAGGAGGUCGAGCUGCAACCAACGAUGAAAGUCACUGCAUUGCGGAGUUUAGGGAAAUAAUUUACAAAGAGACAGGUCACUGGGAAGAAAAUCUGGUGAACCAGGUGUGCGUUUUCGGUCCGUACGAGGUUUUCUGUAGGGAUUCAUGGCGGAUGCUUAAAUUGUUCCCGAAACGGAUGAAUAUUGUGGACGCACACCAACACUGCGUGUUUGCGAAUGGACAGCUAUCAGACUAUGACGAACGAGGUUGUAUCCAACGUAGCUUUGGGUCUCUGCUAAAGCCUUAUCCAUUGUCUGCUUGGUGUCGUGAUGCCAAUGGGAACGCAGCGUCCACUCAUGGGCCAGCUUACGGUGACGGAGGGGUGGCGAAGGAAUACUACGUAAUCUGCUCCAUUAAAUUUUAUGCCUACCGUACUAAUGCCACUUACAACGUGAAAGGGAUGGAUCUGGAACUUUCUCCGAAUUUCCUAUCCAUGAAAUCAACACACGGCUGCCCUAAAGGUACCGCGCACAUCUCAACAAAGCUCACAUCGCAGUGGAAAGAAAUAGAGGCUACUGAUCUUCUUUCUAAGAAUUUCGUUUUUGGACUACAGCCGUGGCGCCAUUGGGACGAAAUUGACAAAUUUGUUCAUAAUCAGCUGGGCGAUUAA